AUGGGUUUUCACUUACCUGAUAUCAGAAAGUCAUUAUUUGCAGCAAAUCAAGCAUCUUCAAAAGCGGUGGAUGCACCAAAGGGUUAUCUUGCAGUCUAUGUUGGAGAGAAAAUGAAGCGGUUUGUGAUUCCUGUUUCAUACUUGAACCAACCUUCAUUCCAGGACUUGUUGAGUGAAGCUGAGGAAGAGUUUGGAUAUGAUCAUCCCAUGGGUGGCCUCACAAUUGCUUGCAGUGAAGAUACCUUCCAACGUAUAACUUCUUUCUUGAAUUGACCAUAAUUCUCAUUUUAGGAGUACUGACAUAGC